AUGUAUCAAGCGAUCAUUUUGGGAUCCCUUCUGUUUAUAACGCUUUACAUUUUAAAGCGUAAGCGUGAACCAGAAUUGACCAUGCCGCCACUUGUUUCUUACAAAUUCCCAAUUAUUGGCCAUACUUUUGAUUUUUUUUUAAAUCCCGAAAAAUUUCUUAAACAAUGUAGAGAAGAAUAUGGUGAUAUCUUUUGUCUAUAUAUAUGGGGUCAAGUGAGAGUAUUUGUUGGAAAAGAACAUUUUGGUGAAGUAUAUUCAAGAGAUGAUGUGUUUGAUGUUUUAAAAGCAUUCAACAAACGAUUUCCGAUAGAUGUAUUAUGUCCAGAUUUGCUGAAAGUUUUACCAGUUGCACCAAAAACACUUAAAGACACGAUCUUUAGCAAAUUAAAACUUUAUUCUGAUCGUAUGCAAAAAAGGGUUUAUUUAUCAACUCAAAAACAUUUUGGAGAUUGUGAUGAAUCAAAAAUUUUUUAUAAUCUAUUUGAAAUUGUAACAAAAAUUAUUUCUGAUCCUAUUGCAAAUAUUAUUAUUGGUGAAGAGGAAUCACAACAUGAAGAAGUUUUAAAUUCAUUUGCAAACUUUAUAAUAGAUAGCAUGAUAUUUUUAACUAUUCCACCAUUUCUUGAUAUAAUUUAUCCAGGACUUCAAGAAUAUGUUAAUCGUAUUCAGAUAAGAUUAGGAUUAUAUAAUCCAGCAGUUAAACAUCGAAAACCACUCCUUAAACAUAUAGAAAAGCAAGUAUGUAAACGUUUACAAGAGAAAGAAAAAUAUGGUGACUCUUGGAAACGUCCUGAUGAUCAUCUUCAAGAUCUAAUGGAAGAACAUGAUCCUAAUAAUAUUAGUUGUCCGUAUCUUUUAGACAGAAUAUAUCUAAUCAUUUUUGCAUCAAUUCAUACAACGGCAAUAGCCAUUACAAAUGUUAUUUUAAGUUUAGCAUCAAGACCCGAGUACAUGCAAGAAUUAUAUGAAGAACAAUUAAAAGUUCAUAAAGAAACGAAUGUAAAUGGUAUAAUUCCAUUUGAAGCUCUUAGUGAUAUGAAAAAAUUAGAUAGUUUUAUUAGAGAAACAUUAAGAUUAAGUGUAAAUGUUGCGGGAAUUGACCAUCUCGUAAAGAAAGAUUAUACGUUCUCUAAUGGAUUGCAAAUACCAAAAAAUUGUAUAACUAGUAUUUAUAUUGAUGAUGUUUAUCGAGAUGAACCAAAAUCAUUUGAACCAUUCAGACAUUUAGAUAUAAAUUUAGCAUCAAAAGUCACUAAAAAUUUUUUGACAUUUGGAAAUGGUAAACACUCAUGCCCUGGAAGACAACUUGCUGUAAAUAAUAUUAAAUUUUUUAUGCAUAACGUUAUCUUAAAAUAUAAUUUUCGUACAGUAAGUAGUAAAAUUGAAGAAAGCAGAGGAACGGGUUUUACGGCAUUACCAGUUGAAACAAGUACUGCUGGUGUGAUUUUUGAAAAGAGGGUUUAAGUUAAAUUUUAUGCAAACUAAAAUCCAUUUUAUUUUGCAAAUUCUACUAUGAUACUUAACAAAUUAUCAAUAAUUUUUAUUUAUAUAUAAAUUAAUAUAUAAACUUCUUAAUAAAUUUUUAAAAUUUUAGUUUUAUGCACCAGAAAAUUUCUGUAAAGCUCAAAAUAUUGCUUAAUUUGAGAUAAACUAAAAUCCAUUUUAUUUUGCAAAAUCUUCUAUUAUACUCAACAAUAAUUUUGUAAAUAAC